CUCUCCGACCGCACGUAAACACAGAUGCGUGACGCUCGAGGUGCAGUAUCAGGUCACUAAAAUGCAGUAUUGUAUUUAUUUAUAUUUUACUAAAUAAAAUUAAAACAAACAGCAACCGAUUUGGGGCGUAUUUUUUGUUUAGUAAAUCUGGCAGCUUGGGUUAAACCGUGCAGGCAAGACUUUGUCGACUGACGUGAAGUUUAGGUUAAUUCAUGGUAAACGUGUGCUCAUUCCUAAAGGGGAAUAAAUCAGUUGAGUGACGUCAUCACAUGGACAUGAAUGAAGCGCAUAUAUAAAUAAAUAAAUAAAUAAAUACAAGCCGGAGGAGGAGACAUGUUUCCUAAAGGACACGGGUGUCCCAUCCCUCACGUUUCUGCCCCUCGACCUCACCCCACUCCGCCUCCCUUGUAAAAAAAAAUUACGCGGGAGGGGUUGGGGGGGAGACAAAAAUGAAGUCAAUUAUACAACUCGCCGGCUCUUUGCGGCUCCCUCCUCUCCCUUUAGUACUUGACUCCUCCACAUGCGCCGCCGCCGUGUACCGUAGCCUCCGCCGGGACACUGGCUUCCCUUUCAGACGCCAUGUCGGACGGAGGCUCGGAAGGGACAGCAGACCGCCUCACAGGUUGCAAUGCAGAGGAGGAAGGGCCGAGCCAAGCGGCCGCUUCGCUACCUGCUGCUGAGCUGCCAAGGAAACGCAAGGGUGACGUGGACGAGAGAUCAGACGCCCUUGUACACCGCUGUCUUGACUUCCAAAUGGAUGAGGACUUCACCAGAUCUGAAGGAGAGGACCAACAAGCCAAAAUGAAAUGCUUCAGGCAGCCUCACCGCCAGAUUGAGAAGCAGCGGCGAGAUAAGAUAAACAACCUCAUCGACGAGUUGUCAGCCAUGAUCCCCGCCUGCCAGCCCAUGGCCCGAAAACUCGACAAACUCACUGUGCUGCGCAAGGCUGUACAACACCUGAAAGCCCUUAAAGCCGGGUCAGGCAGCACCUUUGCCGAGGCCGCCCGUAAGCCUUCCAUCCUGCCUCAUGAUGACCUCAGGCACCUUUUGCUCAGGGUUGCAGACGGUUUCCUGUUAGUUGUGAGCUGCGACCGGGCAAAAAUUUUGUUUAUCUCCGAGUCCGUCUCCAAAAUCCUCAACUUUAGUCGGGUGGAGUUGAUUGGCCAAAGUUUGUUCGACUUCGUCCACCCCAAAGACAUCAACAAGGUGAAGGAGCAGCUGUCAUCGUCUGACUUGAACUCUCACCAACACCUCAUUGAUGCUGCCACUGGGGUUCCUGUUCAAGCCGACGCCCCGGUCACUGUGUCCCACAUGUCCACUGGAGCCAGGCGGUCCUUCUUCUGUCGCAUGAAGCACAGUCGGGUGGAGGGAAAGCACAAGGAGAAGCACCCUUUGCUAAGUACUUCCAUUAAGAAAGACUCUUUCAGAUAUUGCACCCUGCACUGCACUGGAUACAUGCGCAGCUGGCCGAGGAGCGAGCUGGACUCGGAAGCAGACACCGAGAAGGACACCUCGAACCUGACCUGCCUGGUGACCAUGUGUCGCCUCCAGGGACACCUUUCCCACCAAACGCCCAAAGACAUUAACGUCAAGCCCACUGAGUUUGUGGCGCGCUGUACGAUCGAGGGCAAGUUCACUUUUAUAGAGCAACAAGCAACGACUCUCAUCGGUUAUCUACCGCAAGAAAUUUUAGGCACGUCGUGUUAUGAGUACUUCCACCAGGACGACUUGCAGCAAAUGGCAGAAAAACACAGGCAAGUCCUGCACAGCAAAGAGAAGAUUGACACAAAGUGCUACAAGUUCAAAACAAAAUACGGCUCUUAUAUUUCCCUCCAAAGUCAGUGGUUUAGUUUUACAAAUCCAUGGACCAAAGAAGUUGAAUUCAUCGUGUCUUUAAACAGGGUCGUCUCCAGGGGGCAUAGCCACGCUAAAGAUGAUGAGGCAGCAGGCAGCUCAAAAGGUCCUAAGGAAGAAACAAAACAAUUACCCAUAAUUCCGGGCCUCACAAGUGGGAUGGGCAAAAUGAUCUACGCUGGCAGCAUUGGGACACAAAUUGCAAAUGAACUCCUCGAUUCUUACAGGGCAAACUCAUCUCCAUCAAGCGGCGUGUCCAGUCCUUUUGGACCGUCCCACAGCACGCUGGCCUCCCCACAAGCCAGUCGAAGUCUGUCUAGCAGAGGAGGAGAAGAAGAAGCAGGCAGUUCAUCUGAGUCAAGAACAGAGGCGGGCCCCAGCUCGUUUGAAAGUACAGGCGAGUCGUCCCGGCAGGACUUGGACAGCAUGCUGGUGCCGGGCCUGAGCAGCUUUAGCAGUGACGAGGCGGCCAUGGCGGUCAUCAUGAGCUUACUGGAGGCGGAUGUCAACAUGGGUCAAUCGGGGAACCUGGAGGACUUACACUGGCCUUUCUAGCCCCAUCACGCUCGUUCUUGUGCCACUUUCUUGAAAUGUACCGGACCCUUCACGUGUUCAUCUUGUGAUGGACUCAUCCACGCCUUGCAGUGUUGCACUGGAUGCAGCCAACGAGGCAUAUGGGGGAAUGAAGUGUUGAUUAUCACCGCUCACCAACUCCACCAGGAAACGUCGCUUGUAGGAAUUCAGUGUCUUCCCGGAGACUGAAAUCAUGACUUAAAAAAACAGAAAAUUAUUUUUUAUUUGCCCGACCCACCACGAGUGGCUUACAUAUGAAGAAGAUGGGAAUGCUGCUAGCCAAACUCCAUUUUUCUGCAGGUAUGUUUGUUUUUACCAUCAAAAAGUACAAACCCACAAAUCAUGGGGGAAAAUACGACUUUUUCUGUUUUACAGCGGCUUUAAUUGAGCCAUCAAAGACUCUGACGCGUUAUGCAAAUCUGGAGAUGCCUUAGGCCUUUACAGCCCUCCCACCACUACUGUUCAUGCUUAAUUACAAGCUAAUUUAAGUUAAAUUAAUUUAGUUGUGUUCAUGUGCUGAUGUUCGGAAACAGUGUCAAUGCAGAGUGAAUGUGAGCUGUGUCAGCCCUCCGCCGCCAUCUUGUAUUUUUGAGCACUUUGAGCAGAUUUCAUACCUUUUUGAAGUGACAAAAAGACCCCGGAGCGCACACUGAGCGACUAGGAAUUACAUUUGAUAUAAUUUUACUCCAUUAAAUGCUUCAGCUGUCAUUAUAACGUCAUUUCAAGCACCCACUUUUGUUACUCGUUAAGCUAGCAAACCUUGGCUAUUAGCAGUACAGUGGAACCUUGGUUAGCGUCCGUAGUUCAUUCCAUUUCAUUAAAAUCCAAUUAAUCCGUUCCAGAAAACCAAAAAUGUCAACACAAAACACCUUUUUAUAGUUUUACAAUUAUAGUUUUACUUGCAACAAUGGUGAAUGAAAGGGAUAAAUGGUUACUUUUACCUUCACUGAAGACGGGAUUCUUGACGUGACCAAAAACAGGAAGGUGGUGGUAGUUGAUCUCGCUGCCACAUUGUGUCUUGGGGAACAGCACAUCUUCAGUGAAGGUAAGAGUAACCUUAAAUAUUCAUUUAUCCCUUUGAUUGAUUAUUGUUUAAUUGCAAAGCAAUAAAAGACCUAUUUUGUGGUUACCUUUUUGAGAGUCAAGCGCUGAUUAUGCCAUAGACGGGCAACGUAACUUCCGUUUCCGGUUGCCAUUUUGUUUGGCUAGCUAACAGGACGCUUUGUGACAAAAAUACAUUAAGAACACAGUUGGUCUCACGCAGCGUAUUAAUAACACGAUAAGACGUGCGCCAUAUUGUACGCUAACCGGAGAAUGCACGCAAACGGAGGCAAAAUUGUGGCAUACAUUUUUGACGUUAACCGAAAAACACGCUUACCAGGGUGGACGCCGACCGAGGCUCCACUGUAGAUGCUAAUGCUUUCAAAAAUCUACCUAGCAACAGGUUCAGGCUUAGCAAAACAAAUUAUGUCAAAUUUCUACUCUCCUUGUGCAUCUGAAUUGACAUUUAUUAUAUAUUCUAAUCUAAUAUGUUUGGUUCUUGUUACCUUUUAAGAAAUAUUUGCUAAUACACAGGCUAAUUCUACUUUAACUGUAAGAUGUGGACAAAUUCCCACUUGUAAAAUACUUUUUGAAGUGUCAAAGAAUGAUUAUAUGACCCCAAAACACUGAAUUGAUGAAUUUAUCCAGAUUUGUUUCUUCAUGAUACACUUCAGCUAUCCUUAUAACGUUAUUUGAAGCACCAACUUCAGCUAGUGCUUUUAGCAGUGUAUGCUACAGCUAUCAAACUCUGCCGAGCAACCGAAACUAAUUUCAAUGUAAGAUAAAAUGUUGCAAUGUCAGGCUAAAUGGUAUUAACUGUCAAUAAAAUAAAAUAAAAAAAAAAAAAUUUCAAUACAUUUGCACUCAAAAUUAUUGUCUAUUUUAAAAAAUGUACAAACUUAAAAGAUGGCCAAUUUUUUAAAAAAAUUGGGACUCAUUUGAGAUUUGUUGAACUACUUGGAAAAAAAAAGUUGAUUUCUUGCAAAUAAAUUGGAAUUGACAAAACAGGUUGAAUCAUUUUGAGUGCAAUUGUCUCUCAUAAGACUUUAGAACGGAGCUGGUCUCAAAAGUAAGUUUAAAAAAAAGAAAUUUAAAAAAUGUGUGUGUUUUUUUUGUUUGUUUGUUUUUUUUUUAGAAUGAAUAUGCACUAAGGGACUUGAGCAGCAGAGUAUUGUACUGUUUGGACAUAUCACUUAUUUACUGUACGCUUAAUGGUCCUACUGGUCAUCUGCUGGGAGAUUUCCACGUCAAUCGAGGCCAUAAUUACAACACGAUGCUGUAUUGAAGAAGACUUGAAACGGCCAUGAAUUUAGUUUGAAAAUGUUUACUGAGGUAAAAGCUGACAGAAUGCAUGUUUUAAGGCACUUUUGCAUCGGCUUCCCUUUUGUUAUCCGGAUGCUACAUCCGCUUAUUUAAUGCUCGUCUAUCUACGUAUGUAUGUACAGUAUGUCGCUGGAUACCACAGCAGCCUUCAGUGAAAGAAAACAACAUUGCGACCGCAAAUAUGCAACAUUAUUCUGCCUGUGUACGUUUUCUUGGAAAAUGACGUUUGAGGAAAAGCCCAACAGGCCAGUUUAGCAAGUAGAAUGAGACAUUUUUAGGGUUCAAAACAAACAAUUUCCAUUUUCAACAGGGGAGAGUUGACUUCAGAUGACAAAUGUGUGAAAUACUCGCCCUUGUAAACUACUCUGUGUUCUAUCACUGUGUCCUCGAAUCUUGAAAACAAAAAAUGUGAUUGUGUUGCCUUUUCUUUUUGAAUGUGCUUUUAUUGUCAGUCGCGCUGUGGCUUUAAACGCUGCCAUCGAUGUCAGCAUAAAUAGUCAGCUUUCAAAAUAGCAAAAUGCCUGUUUGUCUGUUUUGUAAGUGCAAAAUGUCGUUGGUGUUUCUGCUGUAACAAGAGAUGGAGGUUCAAGUAUUUGAAAGUAAAUGACU